GCAAAAAGUUUUUUCACUUGCUGUGUGCGCCGUCCGGCCACCUCAACAAAUCAGAUCAGAAUUACGUGUUGCUUAAAGAUGGAUAAUUCGGAUUCGUUUGAGCUGAAUGUCUAAGCGAAACGGUAUAGCCAGAUCAUUUCGCAGUGUGCUGAAAUUAGUAUGAAGAAUUCCUCGUUAUGAUGGUUGCAGUGCUCGACUACCGUCCCGUUUGCUUCAUGAUUAGUGCCGUCACUGUACCCAAAUCCAACCGACGAAAAAGAUUUGUCUAACGCACGAACGCAAAUAAUAAGUGAUAUACAGUAGCCGAAGUGACUAGGACUGCCUACGUUGAACUAUCCGUUACCAUAACAACACGUCGAAGAAGUAGCGAGACGUUGUAUUUUAAUCGAUUAGCAAAGGUGUAAUGGAAAGGAUGCUCGGCGUUACAACAAAAGUGUUGGUUUAAAAUCUUUAACAUCUGAAAAUCGUCACAGGGACAGCUUCAUUUCGGUCCCAGACAUGCCAAGCUCGAGAAAGCGAAGUGUUUUCUACGAUCUGUUCGAGGGAGGGGCGGUACAUGGCGAACAUUACAGAGACCGGCUGAGGGCACACACGAAGGAUUCCGUGGAUCUGCUGCGUCGCUUCAAACGGUGGAAGGUACUGCCGGCCCACAAUGGCUGCGUCAAUACGAUCGUGUGGAGUGACGACGGUCAGCUGUUGCUGUCCGGUUCGGAUGAUCAGCACAUCGCCGUUAGCAAUCCGUUUCUGGGAAAACAGCUGUAUCGUACGAAGACGACGCACAGGGCGAACAUUUUUAGUGCACGGUUUUUGCCGCAAUCGCAAAACAGCGAGGUGGUCUCGUGCUCGGGGGACGGUGUCGUACUGCACACCCAUCUACACAAGUCGUACGACUGUGAGACCGGCAAGCGGAAUAUGAAUUUCUUCAGCUGCCACAACAACGGCACGACCUACGAGGUGAUGACGGUACCGACGGAGCCACGUUCGUUUAUGAGCUGCGGUGAGGAUGGCACAGUGCGCCUGUACGACUUACGCCGUACCACGCAGUGCUUCAAGACCAACUGCACCGAUAACGUGCUGAUCAAGAGCCCGGCUGCCGUGAUGGCCAUGUCCCUUGCGCCGAUUUCACUCAACUACAUCGCAACCGGCAGCUCGGACAGUCACGUGCGCAUAUACGAUCGACGCUUUUUGGCAGUGGGACAGAUCGGCGGGGGAUCAAACGGUGAUCGAUACUCUAUUCCGGUGAAGACCUAUACGAAUCCGUCGCGCGAGAAACGUCCAUUCCGCGUCACUUCCCUCGAGUACGAUCGGUACGAACGGCAGCUGCUGGUAAAUUAUUCCUCCGACCAUCUGUACCUGUUUGAUGUGACACAUGCCGGCAUUAGCGAUGUAAAGCUUUGCAAGCCGGGUGCGUCUCAGGCCAGUGCGUGCACCACAGCCAACGACAAGGACAAGCGGUCGCAGGGAGCAGGAUCUAAGAAGAAGCCACCACAUCUGGGUGACGGUUCACCCCCAGUACGUCGUUUGCGGUUGCGUGGUGAUUGGUCCGAUACUGGUCCGGAGGCAAGGCCGGCUCGUGAGAUGGCUACCCGUAUCCUUGGGGCAGGCCAAGCUCGACCGCAGCUACAGGCGACCAUCAUGCACCGGAUGACCGAGGUUCUGUCGCGCAUGUUGGCCGAUCCUCGUACACGCAUUGGCCUAGCAGGGCACGUUCCGGUUUCGAACGAACAAGCAGCACUAACAGAUGAUGUUACGGGUGAACGGGCUGCUGAUGGUGGUAACUUGCAAACAGGAGGGGAGGAUGCUGGGGCUCUGCCGGAGGAUUCACUUGAGGAAGGAGGAUUUAGAGCAGAAGGCGUUUCCAGUUCGUUCCAGUGGCGAGUGCAGCCAGAUCCAUCCGAACCGCAACCUUCGACUUCGGGCACAAGAAGCUCCCGUCGAAGUGGGAUGGCCCGUCGGUUGCUCCACUCCGAUGACGAUGAAGACGAUGAUGAUGAUGAUGAUGACGAUGAGGAUGAAACUGAAAACGGUGCCACCGAUGACCAACGGAAGGAUAGAGCACUUGGCGGUCUGGAUGAUUGUACCGCACAAACGGAGGAGGAUGCGGAGGACAAUGAUUAUGAGGAUAAUUCGGAGGUGCAGCUACAGCAAGAGUCGUACGACUAUGUCGUACAGAAGUAUACCGGACACCGUAAUGCCCGGACAAUGAUCAAAGAGGCUACUUUCUGGGGUGACAACUACGUCAUGUCCGGGUCCGACUGCGGUGGUAUAUUCACCUGGGAGCGCGAUUCCGGCCGCCUGGUGAUGCUGAUGGAAGCGGACAAUCAUGUCGUGAACUGUGUUCAGCCACACCCGACACUUCCGCUGCUGGCCUCCUCGGGUAUCGAUUACGACGUGAAACUGUGGGCUCCGAUUGCCGAGGAAAGCUGCUUCGAUGAAGACGCAGCGAAUGAUCUCAUCAAACGAAAUGCUGUGAUGCUGGAGGAAACGAGGGAUACAAUAACGGUGCCGGCAUCGUUUAUGAUCCGGAUGCUGGCCUGUCUGCAUUCGCUGCGAAAUCGUCCGCCACCGGGUGAGCAGAACGAGGGUCGCAUCGUGCUCCGACGAAUGCGCCAACAAGCUGCGGUUCCGGUGGAAAAUGAAGCACAGAACGACGGCAAUCGUUCAGAACAAUCAGCGGAGAACCGUUCGACCGAAGAACCGGAUGGGGAUGAAUAGAACCGUCAGUAAACGGGUUUAUAUUCAGUGUUGUUGUUCAAUCAAACAAAUCCUGCUGGUCAGAAAUGCGCUUCUCUGUUCUGAUCCUACGUUCUUCGCCGAUCCUAACGAACGGAAACAUAUUUCUGAUGAAUAUGUAAAAAGUGUAGAAUAAAUGACAUUCUCAAUUCAAGGAAUUUGUUUUUCUACGCU